GGCGGCGGGACCGGCAGCCUGCUGCAGCCCGAGUCGCUGCUGGACGCGGCGGCCAAGCGGGUGGCGGGGAGCUGGGCCUUCGAGCGGGUGGAGGGCCGCUUCCAGCGCAUCCCCGAGCCCGUCCAGCGCCGCAUCGUCUACUGGAGCUUCCCCCGCAGCGAACGGCAGAUCUGCAUGUACUCCAGCUUCCAGCCCGGCCGCGCCGCUGCCGCCGCCUCCCCCGCCAGCGCCGCCGCGGGGGGACCC